AUGAGCGACUCAGGCGAGGUGCGUUCGACUGAUAUGAUUGCCGACCCGGUAGUUCAUUACCUCAGUAUCUUCAAACAUGAUGUUAUUCCACUUUUACUAUCCUUUUUCUACCUACUUUCCGUAGGUUCUGUAUUUUUCGAUGCCGUUCAUUAUAUGCUCCACGGAUGCAACAAAUCCUCCCAUCCUUUCCUUCGAUACCUAUCACGGAUCCACCGUUUCCACCACCUCUACUUCACACGACAUCUGAAGUUCGACAAAAAAUAUCUUCAGCAGAAUCGAUUCCAAGCCUUACCGCUUGAAUUAGUCCUUCAAAUCAUUGGAACCGCACUAGGGUAUAUCUUUGCCAGUUUGGUGACGCCCAAGGGCGUCAUUUGGAUCACAAGAAAUCAGCUUUGGAUUACGAUUAUCUUCCAAAUUCUAAGAACCACGUUUGUGAUCCUUUCAAGUGGCCGCGACACAAACCAUAUCACCUACCAAACGCCCCCGAAGGACACCAACUGGUUAUUUGUGGGCCCGGAGUUUCACUCGCUCCAUCAUAUCUACCCGGAUCGUUAUAUGGGUUCGUUUGUCAAAACCUUCGACUGGAUUUGGGGUACUGCCUACUCCUUCAAGGGCAAGCGCAUUGCAAUCACCGGAGGAAACGGAGCAUUCGGCCAGGCAAUCGUGAAAGAGCUCGAGCGUGAGGAAAGGGGGAGCUGUAUUCGCAAGUUGAAAUUCGGUACUGAUUGGGAUCACCAUCACUUUGAAAAGGCACUCCCAAUACUUUCCAACUCCGACAUUUUGAUCCUGGCUCACGGCUCUAAAGGCGAGGACGCAGUUGAGUCGAAUUGCAAUGCAGCUAUUCGACUUAUCAAAUUAUUCAAGGAGCACAGAGUGGCCAACCCAGCCUGCCCGACGCUCCCGGAGGUAUGGUACGUUGGCAGCGAAAUUGAGCUCCAUCCAGCUUGGGGAAAUAAAGAAUUACAACGUUACUCUCGGUCAAAACGAUUGUUCCUACCGCAGGCUCGUUCCUUUUUUGAUGACCCUGAUAUCAUUUACCGUCAUAUCGUGCCCUCCGCAUUUCACUCACCCAUGGGGGCUGCUGUGUUAUCUGCUGACUGGGCAGCUAAGUGUGCGAUCUGGUGGAUCCGACGAGGUGCCAGAUAUAUUCCCGUUACAUAUACGGGAAUUGCGUGGCUGAACUAUUUCAAAUUUAUGUAUCGUAUUCCUUACGCUAAGGAUACGGAUAAAAUCUAA